UCCUCUGCAGAAAUAAGAAAGCAGUUUACUCUUCAACCAGGCUUUGCACAGUUCUGUCAACGAAGCUUAAGUACCCCUGGCUUUUCUACUCUUCAUCUGCCUUCCUUUUAUGACGCAGUAGACCCUGUAGAUUUUGAAGGCUUCCUAAUGACACGGCUGAACAACUUGGACUCAGAACUAGCACAAGAAUUUGGUGACUUUCCUGAAGAUGACUUGGACAUUGUCUUUACACCCAAAGAGUGCAGGACUUUGCAACCCUCUAUGCCAGAAGAUGGGGUUGAACUGGACUCACAUGUCAGAGACUGUGUUCAGACAUAUAUGCGGGAGUGGCUGAUUGUGAAUCGAAAGAACCAAGGGAAUUCAGAUACUUGUAGUCUGAAAAACAAGGGAUCCCGAAAGGAUUUUCACAAGAUGCUUCAAAAGCAAACUUUUGAAUCAGAAACAUUGGAUUCCAGCGAUGCAAACUUUCAGGUGGGGCCCCGACAUGUCCACACCCUCCCAGAGGAGGCCUCGAGGACAACUCUCUCCUCCUCCGACUUUGACUUGCGCAGCCUGCGGCCAGACCCCCGCCUGGAAAACCUGCUGCGGCACGUCAGCGCCGAGGAGUUUGAGAGGCAGAAUGAGGAGGCGCGGCGCACCAACAGGCACGCCGAGCUCCUCGCCCUCUACCCCUCUGUGGAUGAGGAAGAUGCAGUGGAGAUACGGCCGGUGCCGGAUCGCCCAAAGGAACAUCUGGGCAACAGGAUUUUGGUGAAGCUGCAGACUCUGAAGUUUGAUAUAGAGAUUGAACCUUUAUUUGCAUGCAUAGCUCUCUAUGAUAUAAAAGAAAGAAAAAAGAUCUCAGAAAAUUUCCAUUGUGACCUCAACCCUGAUUCAUUAAGAGGAUUCUUGCGUUCUCAUACACCCUCCAUUGACUUGUCUACUCAGGCAAGAUCGGCAGUAUUUUCUGUCACUUAUCCCUCAUCGGAUAUAUACCUAGUAAUAAAGAUAGAAAAAGUGCUUCAGCAAGGAGAAAUUGGAGACUGUGCAGAACCCUACAUGGUUCUUAAAGAAAGUGAGGCUGGCAAGACAAAAGAAAAGAUUGAAAAACUGAAAGCCCAAGCUGAAUCGUUUUGUCAGCGGUUGGGGAAAUACAGAAUGCCAUUCGCCUGGAUUCCCAUAAACCUAACUAAUUUCUUCAACCUUUCAACACUUGAACGAGAAAUACCUGAGGCCGAAGGUUUAAACGGGAAAGGAUCCACUAGUGACAAGAAAGCAACACUGCUUCAGGCGAGAAGACUUUCUGAGAGAAGUCUCAGCUCGGAGGACAGCUAUCCAGCAUCAAACUUCAAACCAACUUCUCAGACCCUAACCACCUUCUUUAAGCAGGAAGGAGACAGGCUCAGUGAUGAAGAUCUGUUCAAAUUUUUAGCUGAUUUCAAAAGAUUGUCUUCCUUGCAAAGAAGAAUUAAGACUUUACCAGGAACACUUAAACUGGAGAUUUCUCCAGCUCCAGAAAACCUUGGUUAUUGUCUGACACCAGAAUUACUGCCAGUGAAGCCAUUUCCAGAAAACCGUAAUCGUCCUCAUAAAGAGAUUUUGGAAUUCCCAAUUAGAGAAGUGUAUGUUCCCCAUACCACUUAUAGAAAUCUCCUCUAUGUUUACCCUCAGAGACUGAAUUUUGCUAACCGACCAGCUUCUGCAAGAAACAUUACCAUCAAGAUCCAGUUUAUGUGUGGCGAAGACCCGUCCUGUGCAAUGGCGGUAAUUUUUGGGAAAUCUUCAGGUCCAGAAUUUGUGCAAGAAAUAUACACAGCUAUCACAUAUCAUAAUAAGUCCCCUGACUUUUAUGAAGAAGUGAAAAUUAAGCUGCCAGCAAAACUCACAGAGAAACACCAUCUAUUGUUCACAUUCUAUCACAUCAGCUGCCAGCCAAAGCAAGGAGCAUCUGUGGAAACCCUCCUUGGGUAUUCAUGGCUGCCGAUUCUAUUAAAUGAUCGUCUUCAGACUGGACAUUUUUGCCUUCAUGUUGCAUUGGAUAAGCUGCCUUUCCACUAUUCAAUUCACUCUCCUGAGAAAGUUCCAUCUCAGACACCACCUAUUAAGUGGGUUGAAGGACACAAAGGUGUUUUCAAUGUGGAAGUGCAAGCUGUUUCAUCUGUUCACACUCAGGACAAUCACCUGGAGAAGUUCUUCACUCUGUGCCGUUCUCUGGAAAGUCAAGUGACAUUCCCCAUUCGACUGGUGGACCAGAAGAUUACAGAGGCUACUUUGGAACAUGAGUUGAAACUCAGCAUUAUCUGUUUGAAUUCUUCACGCCUUGAACCUCUUGUCUUGUUUUUACAUUUGGUACUAGAUAAACUUUUCCAGCUGGCUGUACAGCCCAUGGUCAUAGCUGGCCAGACAGCCAACUUCUCACAGUUUGCCUUUGAAUCUGUGGUUGCAAUCGUGAACAGUCUACACAACAGCAAAGACCUGAGCAAAGACCAGCAUGGGAGGAACUGCCUCUUGGCAUCUUAUGUCUACUAUGUAUUUCGUCUGCCAGAGCCUCAAAGAGAAGUAGUCAAACCAG